AUGCAAGAGCCGGCCGACCAUUUGACGUCCGUCUUAGCCGCCUCAGCCGCCUCAGCCGCCUCAGCCGCCUCAGCCGCCGCAGCGGUUCAUCUACGUGCGAAAGGACAGGAAGACCACGAGAUGACAGAUUUCCACCCAUCCCCAGCCCCGAAUUCGGGUCUGAAGAUCCCGCUCCUCGACUACCUCCAGCUCGCUCUCCUGCCGGUCUCCCUGACCUGGUCUCUCGUCCAAGUCACGUUUCGCCGCACCAAGAACAUUGGACAGAACGAGAUCCCCUUCCUGAAAGACUAUCUCCUCACCAUCGCACGCGCCAUCCCCAUCCCCUUCUCCGUCUCCCGCAUACUCUACACGCCCAAGCCUACGCUCGAGUCCCCUCGCUUCCGGGCACACGCCAGCAGCAUCUACCAGCCCGUCACCCACAGCCGCGUCGCCGGCUACUGGCUGUGUCGCGGCGCCCCCGGGCACGCGAUCGAGGCUCGGGAGAGUGACAUCGUGCUCUACUACCUCCACGGCGGGGCCUACACGACGGGCUCGCCCGCGAGCCUCCUCCCUGCCGUCCUGCGCAUCGCCGAGCUGGCCGCCCAGCGCGGUAUCACCCUGUCCUGCUUCGCGCUGCAGUACUCGUACGCCCCGGAGCAGGUGUGGCCGACGCAGCUCCACCAGGCCGUGGCCGGCUACCGGUACCUGCUCCAGCAGCAGGAGAUCCCCGCCGCGAGGGUCGCGGUCCUGGGCGAGUCGGCCGGGGGUCACCUGGCGCUGAGCAUGCUCGUGCAGAUGGGCGCGGAGGGCCUGGCGCCACCGGGUCGAGGCCUGUUCCUGUGUAGUCCGUGGGUGGACCUGGCGUGCACCCGCGGCUCCUACGUGAGGAAUCGGUACCGGGAUUUCCUCAGCCGGGCGAGCCUCCGGGUGUGCGGGAGGCAGCUCUUUCCGGAUCGGGACGUGAGCGGCGACGGCGCCGCGGGGGGUCCGGUCGUCGAUUUCUCGGCCCCGGACCUGCCGGGUGGUGGUGUUUCGUGGAAGGGGAUCCUGCCGAGCCGGGUGUGGGUGUCGGUGGGCGGUGACGAGGUGUUCCUGGAUGAGAUUGUGGCUCUGAAGCAGAGUCUGGAGAGCGCGGGUGUCGUGGUGGAGAUGGAGGUCGAACCGGGAGAGGUCCACGUCUGGCAGGGGGUCAAGGAUGUGUUCGACGUGGGGAAGUAUCUGAAGAUGACGGGUGACGUCCCGGAGGACCUGCUCCCGGGCGCGAGAAAUAUCGCGAAUGCGGUCCUCGCCGAGGUUCGAGGUUAG